AUGAGGUCCCUGGCCCUCGGCCUCUUCUGCCUGUUAUGCUGUAAUGCAGUUCGGCUGGAGAAAAGGCGCCCCAGACCCCUCACAGCCAAAGGGAGAAAUGAGACUACUGUCCAAACCAAAGCAGUGGACAACCCUUGCAAAGGCAUCCCGCUGGAUUUUGUCUUUGUAAUCGACAGUUCCCGAAGCAUCCGCCCCAACGACUACGAGAAGGUCAAGACAUUCAUCGUCAACCUGCUUCAGUUCCUUGAGGUCAGCCCUGAUUCCACACGUGUCGGUCUGCUCCAGUAUGGCAGCGUGGUCCAGAACGAAUUCUCUCUCAACACCUUCAACACAAGGGUUGAAGUGGAGCAGGCUGUGAAGAAGAUGGAGCACCUCGCCUCAGGAACCAUGACCGGUCUAGCCAUCCAGUACACCAUGGAGACGGCUUUCAGCGAGACAGAGGGAGCACGACCAGCUCACCUCCAGAUCCCACGGAUCUGUAUGAUUGUGACUGAUGGGAGGCCUCAGGACACUGUGGAGGAGAUUGCAGCUGAGGCGAGGAAGGCCGGCAUCCAGAUCUUUGCUAUUGGAGUGGGCAGGGUGGAUAUGAACACCCUGAAGGCCAUAGGGAGUGAGCCACACUCUGAGCAUGUGCACCUGGUGGCCAACUUCAGCCAGAUAGAGAGCCUAAUCUCAGUGUUCCAGUCCAAACUGUGCGGAGGUUCAGAGAUGUGUGAUGUGGUGGACCAUCAAUGCCAGCAUAUCUGUGUGAGCAGCCCUGCCUCUUACAGGUGCAAGUGCAUGGAAGGUUUCACCCUCAACCCUGAUGGAAAGACAUGUAAAGCUAAGGAUAUUUGUGCAGAAGUGGAUCAUGGCUGUGAACACAUCUGUGCCAACCUGUCUGAUGGUUACGAGUGCCGCUGUCGUCCAGGGUAUCAACUCAACAUAAACGGGAAGACAUGCAACAAAAUAGACUUCUGUGACCUGGGGAACCACGGCUGUGAGCAUGACUGCGUCACCAUUCCAGGGUCCUACAUCUGCAGAUGUAAGAAGGGCUACGUCCUCAAUAUGAAUGGCAAGACCUGCAGCAAGAUUGAUCACUGUGCUAACGGCACCCACGGGUGUGAACAGGAGUUUAUGAACACAGAGGACUCCUGUGUGUGUAAAUGCAGAACAGGCUACACACUCAGACCUGAUGGGAAAACAUGCAAGAAGAUUGAUCGCUGUGCUGACGGCACUCACGGGUGUGAACAGGAGUUUAUGAGCACAGAGGACUCCUGUGUGUGUAAAUGCAGAACAGGCUACACACUCAGACCUGAUGGGAAAACAUGCAAGAAGAUUGACCAUUGUGCAGACGGGCAACACGGCUGUGAGCAGGAGUUCACGAGCACAGAAAAUUCAUGCGUGUGUAAAUGCAGAAAAGGCUACACCCUCCGACCUGAUGGCAAAACAUGUCAGAGUCUGGAUCUGUGCCAGACGGUGGACCAUGGUUGUGAACACCAGUGUGUCAGCAUCACUGACUCCUACAUCUGCAGAUGUUAUGAAGGAUUCCUGCUGGCGGAGGAUGGAAAGAGCUGCAAAAAAUCGGAGUGUGGUGAGACAGUCAUGGAUCUAGUCUUUGUCAUCGAUGGCUCUAAGAGUUUGGGCUCUGCCAACUUUGAGCUAGUCAAGCAGUUUGUGAACAGUAUUGUGGACUCGCUGGACAUCUCCAGGACGGGCACACAUGUUGGCCUUCUUCAAUACUCCACCAAGGUCCGCAUAGAGUUCACCCUAGGCCAGUACACCGCGGCGCAGGACAUCAAGCGAGCUGUGGCCCGGAUGCAGUACAUGGGGAGAGGAUCAAUGACCGGUUCAGCCUUACGCCACAUGUGUGAGCUCAGCUUUUCAGCCAAAGAAGGCGGCAGGCCGAACAUCCCACGUGUCAGCAUCGUUUUCACUGAUGGGAGAUCUCAGGAUGAUGUUUCUGAAUGGGCUAAUAGAGCUAAAAACUCUGGAGUCACCAUUUAUGCUUUGGGUGUUGGCAAAGCCAUUGAACAGGAGCUGAGAGAAAUAGCAUCAGAGCCUGAUGAGAAGCACCUUUAUUACGCUGAGGAUUUUGAGAAAAUGGGAGAAAUUACACAGAAGCUCAAAUCCAGGAUAUGUAAAGAUAAACUAUCUGAUGAAAACAUGUGCCAGUGUGAGAACGUGAUAAUGUUUCAGACCCAGGUCAGCCAGAAACUGAAGAACCUGCUACAGAAUAUUGAAGCCAUGUCAAAGAAGCUGGAGACACUUGAGAAUCAACUUGUGCUCAAAUGAAAGGCUGAGACUUCCCUCCCUCUAAACUGCAGCAUGGCAUUUCACAGGAUCCCUUUAUUCCUGCUCGACGAGCUACACUGAAAUAUAUGCAAAUGCAAUGCUUUCUA